AUGUCUACUUCUGAGAAAGAGAGAGAAACCCAUGUUUACCUGGCCAAACUUGCCGAACAAGCCGAACGUUACGAAGAAAUGGUGGAGAGUAUGAAAAAAGUGGCGAUAUUAGACUGCGAUCUCACCGUGGAAGAAAGGAACCUACUUUCAGUAGGAUACAAGAACGUGAUCGGCGCACGGAGAGCUUCAUGGCGGAUCAUGUCUUCCAUCGAACAGAAAGAGGAAUCCAAAGGAAACGAAGAGAACGUUAAGCUGAUCAAAGGGUACCGUCGAAAAGUCGAAGAAGAGCUUUCCAACAUCUGCACCGACAUUUUGAGCAUCAUCGAUAAGCAUCUCAUCCCUUCUUCUUCCUCCGGUGAAGCCACUGUUUUUUAUUACAAGAUGAAAGGCGAUUACUACCGGUAUGUUGCUGAGUUCAAGAUGGAUCAAGAAAGGAAAGAAGCUGCUGAGCAGUCAUUGAAGGGUUAUGAGGCUGCUGCUGCUGCUGCAAACACUGAUCUGCCUUCAACUCAUCCGAUUCGGCUUGGCCUGGCCCUGAACUUCUCUGUGUUUUACUACGAGAUAAUGAACUCACCUGAGAGGGCAUGUCAUUUGGCAAAGCAAGCUUUUGAUGAAGCCAUUUCGGAAUUGGACACAUUGAGUGAGGAGUCGUAUAAGGAUAGCACCCUCAUUAUGCAGCUGCUCAGAGAUAACCUCACUCUCUGGACUUCUGAUUUGCCUGAAGAUGGAGGUGAAGACGGCGUAAAAGGAGAAGAUGGUAAAUCCACAGCAGCCAAAUCUGAGGCGAAAGCCGAGUACCACCAAAAACCAGAUAAUGAAAUUUGA